AAUUUGUGUGUGAUUAACAUUAAGUGUUAUAUUGUGAGGCGUGAAGUACCAUCAGUUGGUAUACAAUGGUAUAAUUAUUUUAAUUUAUCAUAUGGGGGAAAAAAAACACUUUUACGAUGACUCUUUACAAUCAUGUUUUUUUUUUUUUUCCAAGCCGACCCCUUUCCAGCCUCAAAGUGGUACCGCCUCAAAUGCAGCACCAAGCUGUUACGAACUGAAAAGUUUAUCAGUUACAAGUUUGUUUCAGAGGUGAUCUGUGGGAAUAUCUCAUUAGAAGGAGGGAAAAUACAAAGCGCAACGUUAUUGGAUUUAAAAUUCAGACUGCCUCGAUAUUACCUCGUGGAGUAUGCAGCACUGAAGUUUGAAUUUGGCAAAGCGGGCAAUAAACAUUGGUAUAUUUCAAACAGCGGAACUGAAUAAGGUCUAUGAUGUUGGAAUGAGGAAGUUGAAGUAGAAAGAGAGUCUGAGUGACAGAAGAGAAGGGAGGGGCCGAUUGGUUGUGUCCCCAGAGGGGGGCAGCAAGAACUCUGGCCAUGGGGGACGGCAGUGGGGGUGGAGACAAAGUGGACCAGGCACAUGUCCUGUUUGAUCGCUUCGUCCAGGGAUCCACCUUUAAGGGGACGCUCAAGGCAUUUCAGGAGCUAUGCGACUACCUGGAACUGAAGCCCAGCGACUACCGCAUUUUCUACCACAAACUCAAGUCCAAGCUCAACUACUGGAAGGCCAAGGCUCUCUGGGCCAAGCUGGACAAGCGAGCCAGCCACAAGGACUACAAGAAGGGCAGGGCCUGCGCCAACUCUAAGUGUCUGAUCAUCGGUGCCGGUCCGUGCGGUCUUCGCACGGCCAUCGAGCUUUGUUUCCUUGGAGCUAAAGUUGUGAUCUUGGAGAAACGUGAUGCCUUCUCUCGGAACAAUGUCUUGCACUUGUGGCCCUUCACCAUCCAGGACCUACGCGGGCUUGGAGCCAAGAAAUUCUAUGGCAAGUUCUGCGCUGGUUCCAUCGACCACAUAAGUAUCCGUCAGCUUCAGCUGAUGCUUCUGAAGAUGGCGCUGCUCCUGGGCGUGGAGAUCCACGUCAACAUUGAGUUCUGUGGCCUCAUCGAACCCCCAGAGGACCAGGAAAAUGAAAGGAUUGGGUGGAGGGCUGAGGUCUGUCCCAGAACGCACCCUGUUUCUGAGCUGGAGUUCGAUGUCAUCAUUGGGGCUGAUGGGAAGAGGAAUACUCUGCCAGGUUUCCGGCGUAAAGAGUUUCGUGGGAAACUGGCCAUCGCCAUAACGGCCAACUUCAUCAACCGCAACACGUCGGCAGAGGCCAAGGUGGAGGAGAUCAGCGGCGUUGCCUUCAUCUUCAACCAGAAGUUCUUCCAGGAUCUUCGGGAGGCCACAGGGGUUGACCUGGAAAACAUUGUCUACUACAAGGAUGACACUCACUACUUCGUCAUGACAGCCAAAAAACAGAGCCUGCUGGAGAAGGGUGUGAUACUGCAUGACUAUGCUGACACAGAGAUGCUGUUGUCUCGGGAGAAUGUGGACCAGGAGGCCUUGCUGAACUACGCAUGUGAAGCGGCCGACUUCUCCACCAAUCACCAGCUCCCCAAGCUGGACUUUGCCAUCAACCACUAUGGGCAGCCUGACGUGGCCAUGUUUGACUUCACCUGCAUGUAUGCCUCAGAGAAUGCUGCUCUGAUGCGCGAGAGGAACGGCCAUCCGCUGUUGGUAGCACUGGUGGGAGAUAGCCUGCUGGAGCCCUUUUGGCCCAUGGGUACCGGUAUUGCCCGCGGCUUCUUGGCUGCAAUGGACUCUGCCUGGAUGGUACGAAGCUGGGCACAAGGGAACUCUCCACUGGAGGUGCUGGCUGAAAGGGAAAGUAUCUAUCGCCUGCUUCCCCAAACAACUCCAGAGAAUGUUAGUAAGAAUUUCAGCCAGUACAGUGUUAACCCAACCACUAGGUACCCUAACAUCGGCCUCCAUUUCCUGAGACCCAACCAGGUACGGCACCUUAUUGACACAGGAGAGUCUAGGGAUGCCCAUGUAGAAAUGGAGAACGCUGUUAACUCCAAGACUCCCAAACUGAUGAGAAAUGAGUCUGUAGCUCGCUCCAACAAGCUGCUAAACUGGUGCCAGCGGCAGACAGAGGGCUUCAAAAAUGUAAAUGUGACUGAUCUCACCAUGUCGUGGAAAAGUGGUCUGGCCCUGUGUGCCAUCAUCCACAGAUAUCGGCCAGACCUCAUUGACUUUGACUCCCUGGAGGAGCAGAACAUGGUGAACAACAACCAGCUGGCAUUCGACGUGGCGGAGCGGGAGUUCGGGAUCUCACCCAUCAUGACUGGGAAGGAGAUGGCCUCUGUUGGGGAGCCGGACAAGCUGUCCAUGGUAGUGUACCUUACACAGUUCUACGAGAUGUUCAAGGACACGUUGCCUCCUGGGGAUAACCAUAACUUGAGCCCAGAAGACAAGGCUGCCUUGAUCUCCAACACAAAGUCUCCCAUCUCCUUCCUGAGCAAGCUGGGACAGAGCAUUUCUCGAAAGCGGAAUCCAAAGGACAAAAAGGAAAAGGAAGUGGAGGGGACUGGGAAGAGGAGGAAAACCAGUCAAUCUGAAGAUGAGGACCCUCCACGAGGUUACCGUGACGAACGGGCUGCCCUAGUCUGUGCCCUGUCGGAGCGGAAAAUUGAGACCGGCAUUGGGAACCAAAACAAAGUGAAGUCGAUGGCGACGCAGCUGCUGGCCAAGUUUGAGGAGAACGCCCCUGCGCAGUCCUCGGGGCUGAAGAGACAGCGGACCCUCUUGCCGUAUCAGGAGCGGCUGCUGACUCCACCCACGGUCCGUCAGAAAGAACCGGGCCGACUCGCACCCGUCCCACAGUGGAGACAGGCUGCAAGUGUGAAGCGAUCUCGGAGCUGCCCUAAGAGAAUCAUUUUGCUCUCCUCCUCCUCUUCAUUGUCUGUCUGUGCUCAGCAAGGAGAGAGUGAAGGAUCUGAGUCUGAGGGCCAGGAAGUGAGCCCUGUCCUAGAGCGGGUGCCACCAGUAGUUUACUCUGAUGAUCAAGCGCCUAUUUUCACCCCUAGCAUUGAGGAGAGGGCAUCCCAAAUUAUUACUCACUUUGAACAGAAGCCAGACAGGCGACAGAGGUAUAUAAAGAUGUACACAGGGGGAGUGAGCUCAUUGGCUGAGCAGAUAACCAAUCAGCUUCAAAAGAAAGACCAACCCAAGCCCUUUCUAGACAAGAAGGCAUUGGCUUCAUUACGCAGAGAGUUUCCCCAGAACAUUGGCGGCAGUGAUGUCUGCUUUUUCUGCCGGAAGAGGGUCUAUGUAAUGGAGCGUCUCAGUGCAGAGGGCAAAUUCUUCCACCGUAGUUGCUUCAAGUGUGACUAUUGCAACACUACCCUGCGGCUCUCCUCUUAUGCCUUCGACAUUGAAGAUGGGAAGUUCUACUGUAAACCUCACUACUGCUACCGGCUCUCGGGGUACGCUCAGAGGAAGAGACCUGCAGAAGCACCACUCACUGCCAAGGAAAACAAAGUGUCCCUACCGGACCCUGUUGCUGCUGAUGGCCCAGUCCGGGCAAACUCCACAGCCACCCCUCAAGAAAGGACCCCAGCAGUAGAUGUGAACGGGGUGGAAGAGCCUGGCCUGGCAAAGCGUCUGCGAGGCACCCCGGAGCGUAUCGAGCUGGAAAACUACCGGCUGUCAUUGCAGAGAGAGGAGGAGCUGGAGGAGGUGCCCGAGGAGACGUUGGCAGAGCACAACUUGAGCAGCGUGCUGGACAAGGGCACCGACGCGGGCGAGGGCUCCAGCAGCUCGGAGUCGGAGAUGGAUGAGGUGGAGGGUGAGGAGGAGGAGGAGGAUGAUGAAGAUCACCCUGUCUCGGACCUGGGUGGAGUGCCGUGGAAACAGGCUGUGCACCUCCAUGCCCGUCUGAAGGGCAAAAGUGAAACACAGAUAGCAGUAGAGGAGGAGGAGGAGGAGGACGACGACGAAGACGAUGACGAAGAAGAAAAAGAGGAGGCGGAAGAGUCCAGUGAAGAGGGAGAGUAUUAUCCCUGGGAGAGGGAGCUCCAGUUAGGGUUAUGGCUUGAGAAUCUAAAAGAUGAAGAGGACACAGGUAGAUUCAAAGCCGGGAAUCUUCACAUUCAACAAGUCCUGCAGCCCGUAGACCCCAUGGAGAUCCAGGCAGAUGUGCACUGGACACACAUUUGUUCUGAGCAGGAGAAGGAGGGGGCUCCAACUUCAACUUCCCAACCCUCUCCUUCCACAGCCCCCGACAUUCCAUCAGUCCGCCACGAGGCAGUGCGAGCCUGGCUGGAGACGGUGUCUGGAGCUCCAUGUGAGGAGAAUGAACUGGAGGUCGGAGGUGAGCCUGGGGUUCGUGAGGAAGAGCCAGAGGUUGGCACUGAGCUGGAUGAGGAUGAUAUCCCUUCAGAUGCUGAAGCUGAGGCCAGGAUGCAUCGGAUUGAGAGAAAGGAGCAGCACCAAGAGGAAGAGGGAGAGUCCGAGGGGCGAGGCAAGGUGUCCAGUCUAGCCCAAUUGUCGAUGAGCCAAGUUAGAUCUCUGAGUGAUGUGCUGCUGUCACCAGUAACAAGCACGAAGGAUCAGGAUGUGGAGGGAGUGUGUGAAACCUUGUCGCCAGCUUAUCUGUUGAAAUCUCCAGGUGCUCGCUUUUUCCAGGAACCAUAUCUCCCAAAAGAAGGAAAAGGGGAUAUUGUUCCUGAGACUCCAGAGGCUAAGACCCUCAUCUCUCCCACACUCCCUUUUUCCCCUAUCCGUUUCCAGCCUCUUCCUCUGCCAGAGCCCAAGUCACCAGUCAAAACGCAACAAUCAGCCUCCCCUCCAGCUACAAGCCCAGUCUGUGCCCACUCUCCAAUAUGCUUGCAGCCUUUGCCUUCAACAGAACCUUCCUCUCCUGUUUUGUCUGGGUCCCCAGUACGAACACAGCCUGUGCCAGCAGUUACCUCCACUCCUUUAGUCAAACCUGUUGUAGAAAAUGAAACCCUGGAGGAACAAAAUUCCUUAAGUCCAUCAGCAAAUGAGCCUGUGAAAAAGACGGAUCUUAUAGAGGAGUUUUGGGUGAAGAGUGCUGAAAUUCGAAAGAGCUUGGGUCUUACACCUUUGGACAGGAGCAAAGGGUCAGAAAACAGUUUCCCGGAGUCCACUCCCGAGUCUUCCCCUCCAAGGUCCGACACUCCAGAAGAAUUGAAGCUGUGCCCGAGCCAGCCCCAGCCAGUCUUGCGGAGGUUAAACAUUGCAACUAUAGAUCGUCACCAGCUCUCUUCCUUGGUCAUUGAGUCCCCCAGCGAGAGAGAACUGAAGAGCUCGGACACGGAGAGCAAGGAUGUUGGCAGUAGCUCAGGGCUGGGUCUCAAUGGGAGCAUGGCUAACACCCAAACGUUGACCAGUGAGAGCUUCAAUACUUCUGAAUCCACCAUGCUAACGCCGCCAUCCAGCCCUCCCCCUCCGCCACCAGAGAAUGAAGAGCCAGCUACCUUGAGGCGAAAUAAGUAUCAAGUCAGCUGGAGUACCGUGCCUGAACCCACACCUGUGCCUGCACCAGUGCCACAAAAAGCACCGGCUGCAGUUCCCACUCCUGCUCCCUCUCCAGUACCACCACAAACUUGCUCUAAAUUCAGACAAGAGUCGAGCAGGAAGUCACGGGAAGAAGUGCGCAAGUCAUUUGUGGAGUGUGUGGAUGAAAUCCCAUUCGCUGAUGAUGUUGAAGACACCUAUGAUGACAGGACUCCAGAUAUCAGCUUCCAGGAGAAGUUCUACACUCCUCCAACUAGCAAGCCCAAGCAGGAGAAACCCCCAUUCCACAUGGCCUUGACCAUGGAGAAUGGCAAGCUCAACCUAAGAGAAGGCACCACAACAAAACAACAGCGAGUGAUGCCCCCAAUCUCCCCAGAAGCUAAAGAGCUAGCUGAAGAAAGGAUGCGAGCCCGGGAGAAGUCUGUAAAGAGCCAAGCUCUGAAGGACGCCAUGGCCAAGCAGCUCACCAAGAUGAAAGAUGUGGAGGUGGUUAAAGGUGGUGGCUCGGCUAAAGCUGCCUGGAAUGUGGAAUCAUCCACACCCAAAGUGUCAACCCUGGUAUCUAAGUCUAAUAUACCUUCUGCUGUCAAGUCCUUGGAGUCUAGAAAGCAUGAGAAGACUACUGACAAGUUCUUAUCACCACUGGGUGGGCGAAGUCUAGAAGGCUCUGUUGCUUCCUCUGAAGGUUCCACCGGAGGGAAGAGCAAAAAGCGCACAUCCCUCUUCUCUCCUCGCAAGAACAAGAAGGAGAAGAAGCACAAGAGCGAAGGCAGGCUGUCUGACAAGCACAGUUCAGAGGAAGCUGCCAAGCCCAAGUCCCUCUGGAAGACGGUCUUUUCAGGGUACAAGAAGGACAAGAAGAAGAAGGAAGACAAAUCCUGCCCCAGCACCCCAUCCAGUGUCACUACUGUGGAUUCUGGGAAAAAGGGGGCGUCUCCUGGCAUAAGGGCAGCAGCAGAACUCCAUCUCCGUCGACACUUGAGUUUCUCUGAAGACUCUGAUCUCUCCUGUGAUGAUGUGCUGGAUAGGUCUUCUCAGAAAUCCAAGGCGGAUUCUGUUUAUGUUCCUCACGCCUUGGCAUUCAAGAGAUCAUACGCAUCAAAGAAAACAUAUACAGAGGAAGAACUCAAUGCCAAGUUAACCAGAAGAGUGCAGAAAGCAGCCCGCAGACAAGCCAAACAGGAAGAGCUGAAGCGGCUGCACAGAGCACAGAUUAUCCAGAGGCAGCUGGAGCAGGUGGAGGAGAAGCAGAGACAGCUGGAGGAACGGGGAGUGGCAGUGGAGAAAGCCUUGCGAGGGGAAGCAGACUAUUGGGGAGAGUCUAAUUACAGUGAAAUCAUCGACUUGCAUCUGGGUGUUGAGCCCAAUGUGGGGACCCCUCGCCGAAGACCUAUCUCCUUCUGCCAUUGCUGUAUCCAUGAAGGAAUGGGCAAGAAGGAUGAUCCCAAGCUAAUGCAGGAGUGGUUCAAGCUAGUCCAAGAGAAAAAUGCCUUGGUGCGCUAUGAAUCUGAGCUCAUGAUAUUUGCCCGAGAACUGGAGCUUGAAGAUCGUCAGAGCAGGUUACAGCAAGAGCUGAGAGAACGCAUGGCUGUCGAUGACCACCUGAAGACGGAGGAGGAGCUUGCAGAGGAGAAGCGCAUCCUGAAUGAGAUGCUGGAGGUGGUGGAGCAGAGGGACUCGCUGGUGGCUCUUCUGGAGGAGCAGAGGCUGAGUGAGCGAGAGGAGGAUAAGGACCUGGAGGAGGUCAUGCUUUCCAAGGGUUUCAACUUGAACUGGUCAUGAGCCCCCGCUGCGGUGUUCCAGCGAGUUCUUCCAGUACUUGCCCUUGCUGCUGUUGGAGAAACCCUGGCAUAUCUCCUCUUCUGUGGAGUGUUUUGGAAUGUGUUACAAGCAUGCCUGCCUUCCGUGCUGUACGAAGUUUACAAAUCCUUCGCAAUGAGCCCCUCUGCCUGGGGAAAAGGGGAGAAAAAAAAAGGGGGGAGAAGUUUUUAAAAUUAAAAAAAAAAAAAAAAAAAAAAAAAAACCUGUUUGGACCCUCGCUACCAGAGGAAAUAAUUACAUCUUUCCUGAAAUGCAGGGCAUAGGAAGAGAAAAGGAAUGCAAGAGUCCUGCUGAUUUUUUUUUA